GGAGUAAAGGGAAAGGCAGAGAAAAUGGCUGCGCCGAUAGCCACGCAACGAGAAGCCGUCGACCUGCUGAAGGCCGCCGAGACAAGCCUAGAGCUCGGCGAGGCCGCCACCCUAUCUGUGACUCUGACGACCCAGCCGGCGGCUCCGGCUCCUGGAGGUGCCUUCUCGUUGUCAGUCGUCUUCCCGGGCUCCGUCACCCGCGAGGGAUGUUCCCGUUUCAUCUGCGAGCUUUUAAAGCACGUCCUGUACCAGAGGCAGCAGCUGCCUUUGCCUUACGAGCAGCUCGCUUGCUUCUGCCGGAUGCAGCUGCCGAAGCCGGCUAGCCAGGAAAAAGACAUGGUCAGAAAGGUCUGUCUGAAAGAUCAGGACAACAAAAAGUGCCAGCAAGUGCUGAAUGAUCUUGAAGGUGUUUUCCAGCACUUAGAAAUUAUGUUCAGUUUGACACUGGUCCCACGAGUUCUUAUUUUGCUUGGAGGUACAGCUGUCAGCCCCAAAGAGCUUUAUGAAAUCAAUUUACAAGAUAUAUCCAUGAGUGGCACUGAAGAGAGUUUGUCAACCUCAGCCUGUGUUCGCAAGUUAUUCCGUUCUCUUUUCAUGGCAGAUGUGUUCAGUGAGCUUCAGGCUGUUCCCACCAUGAGUGUCAUUGUUAUGGCUCAAGGGCAUCGCAACUGUGGUAUUGACUGGUUCAAACCUAAACUAAACUACAAAGUGCCUACUCGAGGGAGGAAAUUGACUGUUAACUUAUCAUGCAGUCAUGAAAAUAGUACAGCCCUUUCCACCUGCCAAGAAAUAAACUUUGCCUCUGAUGAUUAUAUAUGGUUCCAAGCUCCAGUAAUAAUCAAAGGCUUUAAUUAUUUUUCUUGAUAAAUAUUUUUAACUAGCUAUGUUAAUCUUGUGUUUGUUUCAU